CUUUGCGAACGACGACUCGACACCUCUCAAGCGCAAAGAACAACGAAUUGCUCAUCCUACUCCACAAGUAUUGUCACUGACCUCCCGUCUGGUACAUGAUGCCGUCCUCCCGCGUGCUCGCCGGGGAAGCCAUGGCGACCUUUCAAUGGUGUCCUAUCCCACAAUGAUCAGUCCUAUCAUCUUCAGGUAACUAUCUGAACGCAUGAGCCGGUGCCAAUCCGGUGGCUGUUGUCACGGCUGUAUGUGUUUGUAUCUGUAUAUGUACAAGCACAAGUACAAUACAUACAGAUUUGACGACAGCCCCGGAGCGGCUGAGAUCAUACGGCGGAAACUUGAUCUGGAUAAUACCAGCGAAAGGAUCAUGCUUCUCCCCCCUGUCUUGCUCUGUCACGGCAGGACCCUAACUGUCACAGAUACCCAACCAACCCAAUAACAACGACCAUGGCUCCCGGCGCCAUCUCUCCCGCUCAGCAGCACGCCCAACUCGCCUCUGCCUCCAAGAAAGCCAAGGAUGCCACUGCUGUGGCUGAAGGCACCGGUGGCCUGACCAAGCCCCUGGCCGACCUGAUGGGCAACUGGGACAGGUUUUCGUUCGCCCCGAUCCGCGAGAGCACCGUCUCGCGCGCCAUGACGCGGCGCUACUUCACCGACCUUGACGCCCACGCCGAGACAGAUAUCGUCAUCAUCGGCGCCGGCUCCUGCGGCCUGUCGGCGGCCUACACGCUCGGGACGCUACGCCCGGACCUGCGCAUCACCAUCAUCGAGUCCGGCGUCGCGCCCGGCGGCGGCGCCUGGCUAGGCGGGCAGCUGUUCAGCGCCAUGGUGAUGCGCAAGCCGGCCGACGUGUUCCUGCGCGAGGUGGGCGUGCCGUUCGACGACGAGGGCGACUACGUCGUCGUCAAGCACGCCGCGCUGUUUACGAGUACUGUCUUGUCGCGCGUGCUGGCGAUGGACAAUGUCAAGCUGUUUAAUGCCACGGCGGUCGAGGACCUGAUUACGCGCCCGGCGGAAGACGGGAAGGAGGAGGGAGGGGUGAGGAUCGCGGGCGUUGUGACCAACUGGACACUGGUGUCGAUGCAUCAUGAUGAUCAGAGCUGCAUGGAUCCCAACACGGUCAACGCGCCCGUGGUGAUCUCGACUACCGGGCACGACGGCCCCUUUGGCGCGUUCUCGGUCAAGCGCCUUGUCAGCAUGAAGCAACUCGAGCAGCUACAGGGCAUGCGCGGGCUGGACAUGCAGCGCGCCGAGGACGCCAUCGUCAAGAACACGCGCGAGAUCGUGCCCGGCCUGAUUGUCGGCGGCAUGGAGCUGUCCGAGAUCGACGGCGCCAACCGCAUGGGCCCGACCUUCGGCGCGAUGGCUUUGAGUGGUGUUAAGGCCGCCGAAGAGGCCAUCCGCGUGUUUGACCUGCGCAAGAAGCAAAACGAGUUCUAAGGCGCGAUGUGGACAGGCGGUAUUGACUGGUAUGAACUUUGUUGGUGGAUGAUGGCUGCACACGGAAGAGUGGGUCUACACUCGCUUGUUCAGGUAGUCAGCAGAGGAUGCUCAGGACGCUCUUUGAGGAUGAACUCGUUGUCCUUUUCAAUAUUAUCAAGGCUCGACGGCCCAGUAAUUAUGUCUAGCGUCUAACUUCCCCAAGGUAGAUUUCUUUUUUUCCCCUCUCUUUACUCAUUUGUCCUUCUCACGGCCCUUUCUCCCUCACUUCCCCUUUCCUUUCGUAGUAUAUGUCUGGUUGAUGAAAGCAGACGUAUUCGAACAAGUCUAUUGUCUAUCCCACCAC